AGAUAGACCGAGAAAUUGAGCGAGAGGAGGAAAUAAAGCUGGAGAUGGAAGCGAGAGAGAGAGACGGUGUAGGAGAGGUAGAGAGAGAGAGUGAGAGAGAGAGAGUAAAGCUAACUCCCGCACAGAAGGCAAUGAUAGAACAGAAGAGGCAAGAGGCUUUGAUCAGAAGGAGAGAGAGAGCAAACAAGAGGAAUCCUUACAACAUGGCUGAGAGGGAGAAGGUUGAGAAGAAGGUGAUUCGGAUAAACAACACAAAAAUGGUGGAUUCAGGAGGAGGAUUCUACAUAGAGGAGGAGGAGGAGGGGGAAGGAGGAGUCACCAAGGAGGACAUGCUGGCUGCCAUGCAGAUAGUGACAGACCCCGCCCCUUUCCUGGAGGUGGAAGACAGGCCGGUAUGUGGAAGCUGCAAAUCCAUCUUCCACACCUCCUUCCUCUUGGACCACUUCAACCAUUCUGUGUGUGACCAAUGCAGAGAUCGUGAUGAAGCACACGCGCUGAUCACACGGACAGACGCACGCCAAGAGUACCUGCUGAAAGAUGUGGAUUUAGACAAGAGGGAGCCACCACUUCGCUACAUCGUCCGAGCCAACCCUCACAACUCGGCCUGGGGGGACAUGAAGCUCUACCUUAAGCUGCAGGUUGAGAAGAGGGCGCUGGAGGUGUGGGGGUCGGAGGAGGCCCUGGAGGAAGAACUGCAGAAGAAGGAGGAGCAGAAGCAGAAAAAUAAACUAAAGAAAUAUAACAAAAAAAUGAAAGAGUUGCGAAUGAAUGUACGCAGCAGCCUGUACACACGAGCCAGCAAGACGCACACGCACACAUACGGUGAAGAGGUAUACUUGCCGGAUGAGGAUGAGUAUCAGCGCACAUGUGACUCCUGUGGCCACUCCUACACCUAUGACAAGAUGUAGUGUGUGUGUGUGUGUGUGUGUGUGUGUGUGUGAGGAAAAUAUUGUUUGAGUGAAAAGUUAGUUUAUUUAAAUGUCAAAAUCUCAGGAUGUAGAGAGAGAGAGAGUUUGCAAAUAAUCUCAGGUAUUUUCAAACUCAUGAAAACUACGAUUAAAUUUUUAUAUUCAUUUUUUUUUACAAUGUACUACCAAAAUGCAUCAAUAACACCAACAGUAUUAGGAGGAGGAAGAGGAGGAGGAGGAAGUACAAGGAAGAGGCUAACAUUUUUUCUCUAUGCAUAUUUUUUUUUCAAUUCUCUCAGUUUAGGUUCGAAGCAUUUAUCAUUCAGUAUCUAGGCAUGUCUCCCCUUUGGAUUGACCUUCCUGCUUUCCUGUGGGUGUCCUGCUGUGUUGCUGUGAAUUGUGACCAGCUUAGGGUGUCAGGGUUGGGCUGCAGUGUGGUGGUGUGAGGAGAGGAAUGUGAGGUGCUGGUGAGGGGAAGGACUCAAGCUGGCUGUGAUUUGUGGUGAUAGAGUGGCAGGAAUUUAUGAUCAAGACACAAAACCCGCUGGUAAGGCCUAUAUUUGAAACACUCCCCACCCCCCUGGCUCCUUCACUGUUUUCAAAGGGCUCUAGUUGAAGUGAUGCAGGUUUUUAAGUGUGUUUGUGGUUGUAGUGACAUGUUUACAAGGAAUAAUAGGGCUCAUAUUUUGAAAUGCUUUUCCCCUCCCUCCCCUGCACCUUCACAGUUUUCAAAGGAGUCUAGUUGAAGUGAUGCAGGUUUUUAAGGGUGUUUCUGUGAUUGUAGUGACAUAUUAACAAGGAAUUUCUGUGCCCGACCUUCACUAUUUUCCAAGGGUUCUAGUUGAAGUGACGCA